GGUCUUUGACAGUGCAUAUUGGCAGGGAGGGGUCUUUGACAGUGCAUAUUGGCAGGGAGGGAGGGAAGGGGGCGCGCGCAGCCCGGAGGACGUCGAUAUCUGGCGAGCAGCGUCGUGCGUAUUUGGUCCAGUGAUGUGGUCCGCGGCGCGGCGCGCUGUCCUCGCGGUGCGUAAAGACGAGUCCUGACGCGAAACGCGCGAACUGCUCCUUUUUUUUUUCUUCUCCCCCACACGCGUCAACGGACGGCUGCUCGCGUCUCCCCGCGGAGAGGAAUCUGGUGACUGGAUACGCGCUCUAUUUUUAACAUCCAACUCGCCGACGAAACCCGCCCGGUGCCCGGAAGAUGGACCCCGUCGGCAACGCCAGCGACUGCAACGAGACGGCCGUCCCCGCGAACUGCAGCGACGGCUUCAACCAGUUCGUGCAGCCGGUGUGGCAGAUCACACUGUGGGCUGUCGCCUACUGCGGCAUGGUGGCCGUGUCCGUGGUCGGCAACGUGGUUGUCGUCUGGAUCAUUCUGGCGCACAAGCGCAUGAGGACCGUCACCAAUUACUUUCUGGUGAACCUGGCCCUCGCUGAGGCCGCCAUGUCUGCGUUCAACACGGUGAUCAAUUUCGCCUACGCCGUUCACAACGAGUGGUACUUUGGUUUGGUCUACUGCCGCUUCCACAACUUCUUCCCCAUCGCGGCCAUAUUUGCCAGCAUUUACUCCAUGACGGCCAUCGCUCUGGACAGAUACAUGGCUAUCAUCCACCCCCUGGGGCAGAGGUUGUCUUCUACACAGACCCGCGUGGUGAUCGGCGUGAUGUGGAUGCUGGCUCUGCUUCUCGCCUUCCCCCAGUACCACUACUCGUCCACCGCCCUGCUGCCCGGGCGCACCGUCUGCUACAUAGACUGGCCGGAGUACACCACUCUGGACUUCAAGAAGAUAUACUAUGUGUGUGUGACACUGCUCAUCUACUUCCUGCCCCUUUGCAUUAUGGGCUGCGCGUACACAAGCGUGGGUGUCACCCUCUGGGCAAGUGCGAUUCCCGGUGACUCCUCUGAUCAUUACAAAGAGCAGCUCAUUGCCAAACGCAAGGUGGUGAAGAUGAUGAUCGUGGUGGUGUGUACGUUCGCCGUCUGCUGGCUGCCCUAUCACGUCUACUUCCUCCUGCACCAGUUCUUCCCAGACCUGUUCGAGCAGCGCUACAUGCAGCAGGUGUACCUGGCCGUGUUGUGGCUGGCCAUGAGCUCCACCAUGUACAACCCAAUCAUCUACUACUGCCUCAACAGCAGGUUCAGAGCAGGUUUCCAGCAGGCGUUUUGCUGCUGCGCCCCCACUGCUGUCAAGGAAGAGCUGGAGCUCAAAUCACCACGUUACCUGCACACACAGGUGAGCACAUGCCGAGCAAGUCGGAUGGAGACUGUCGCUUCUGCCGCUGCCGUCCGUCCUCCUCCAGCAGCGGAGCGCAAUCGGGCGGAGCUGCCCUCGUGUGGCCCUCGCAACCCGCCACACUUGGAGGUCACAUCCAACGGCCCCCCCCCCCCCGAGCCGUGCAGCCACCGUCAAGAGUGACGUGCUGCGGCGGUGUGGAAACAAAGUACCCGAAUGUGGCUCAAACCUGGCGUUGUAAGCGACGGAGAGGAGAUCUGCACUUGAUCAAGUCCAUUAUCCAGCCGAGAUAUUUCCUUCUGGCCUCCUUGCCAAGUGCAUUAACACCCAGUGGGCGUCACGAGACGGUCAACACCCCAGACGUGAACCUCGGAGGCCCGAUGGAAGCAGCAGCCACUGCAGUACACCUCACACCCGUUCAUUUCAUCACCCCCCAGCAUUCUCGGGCCGCCUUUGGAAAGCGCGACCCUGGGCUUCCCUUGGCAACAGUGUCACAUCAAGUAGAGUUCGUGACGGCGUGUCUUGUGUUGUGUGGAAAUAGGACGGGCAGCGUCAGAGCGUGUGCGUGGAGAUCUAGCACCUGUUGGAAGGGAUUAGCCCCUUGUUUUGACAAUGUGUGUGUGUGGAGCAGGGUUCAGUCGGCAGCAGCGGGUCACAGGUCGGCUAAAUAUAGGGGACGAGGCGGGGAGAGGCAUGCGGAAGGAUGGACAAAGUGGUGGACGAGCAAAAAAAAGGACGGGAAAUCACGAGGGGCUUCGCCGCGGCAAUCCCACCACCUGCGUGCUCUCUUUACAGGCUAAGGGGGGGGGGGGGGGGGGGGGGUCACGUCACCUGGGAGCAGUGACGCCCUUUCAGCCUCAGAGACAUCAGCUGCUCAACGCCCGUCAAAGGAAAGGCCUCAAACCGUUCGACCCGUCGACCUGCUCCUGCUCGUUACGUGGAGGAGGAUCAACUGUUGUGACCUCGUGUGGCACGAGGACAACUUGUCGUGUAUUGGUUCAGUUUGAAUCCACAAUUUAAUCCAUGCGUGCUGUAUGUGAUGUUACAUAAAAAUUGGUUAGUGCUAUUUACUUCAA